CGAUGACCCGACCCGAACCGGCCCGGCCCAAAAGAACCACUCGUGCCUUCCACCGUUUCACCAGUUCGUCCACCACUCUCCACUCUCAGCCGUCCCACCGCCGGAAUUCCUACAUGAAAUCCAAGCAAUCGCCAGAGACUGGCCGCGACCCGACCGGAACGAAGAUCCUCCUUACCUCCCUCUCCGCCGCCGUCGCCGAGACAGCCACCUUCCCCAUUGACCUGACCAAGACGAGGCUUCAGCUACAUGGCGAGUCCCUCUCAGCCUCCCGCCCCACCACGGCGUUCCGCGUCGCCGCGGAGAUCCUCCGCCGCCAGGGGCCUCUCGGGCUCUACCAGGGCCUAUCGCCCGCCAUCAUCAGGCACCUCUUCUACACGCCCAUCCGGAUCGUCGGAUACGAGACUCUGAGAAAUGCUGCGGGGGAGGGAUCCGGCGGGGCCCUUUCGCUGCCCGGCAGGGCUCUCAUUGGCGGCAUCUCCGGCGUCAUUGCUCAGGUAGUGGCAAGCCCUGCUGAUCUUGUUAAGGUGAGAAUGCAAGCGGAUGGCCGUUUAUUGAGCCAAGGUAUUCAACCUCGAUAUUCCGGCCCUUUUGAUGCAUUCAGUAAGAUCAUCCAAUCAGAAGGCAUGGGAGGGCUGUGGAAAGGCGUUGUACCAAACGCGCAGAGGGCAUUUCUUGUUAAUAUGGGUGAACUUGCCUGCUAUGAUCAGGCAAAGCGUUUCAUCAUUAGGGCCCAUAUUGCUGAAGACAACAUCUACACCCACACUUUAGCUUCCAUCAUGUCGGGUCUGUCAGCCACUGCUCUGAGCUGUCCUGCUGAUGUGGUGAAGACGAGGAUGAUGAAUCAGUAUAAGGCGAUGUAUAGCAGUUCUUAUGAUUGCUUGGUGAAGACUGUUCAGAUCGAAGGGCUAAGGGCUCUCUGGAAGGGGUUCUUCCCUACAUGGGCAAGGCUUGGGCCUUGGCAGUUUGUGUUCUGGGUAUCCUAUGAGAGAUUCCGUAACCUAGCAGGCCUCUCUUCGUUUUGAUAGAAUCUUGCGAUCCACAGCUCAUUAUACAUUCAAUCAUUUCCUGGACGUAGUCACAUAGAUCAGUGCUUCUCAGCCGAAGGUGGUGCAAGACUUCCAAGGUACGGAAGAUUAUAUUUAUGUUGAACCUCCAAUUUCCAGUUUAGACGGUGAUUUUAAGAGCUCAAGUGGUGAUAUGUUGUUAAUGAGUAUGAAAACAUAAGAGUGGUUUGACAAUUUCAAAACUCAGUGAUUUAGUAUAGGAGAUUGAUCAAAACUUAAGAUUGAGAGAUGAUCUAGCAUUAAGUACAAUCAAGGCAUUCGCUUUCUAGAUCAGGUGCAAUAAAACACAUGGGCCAUACUACUGGUUCCAUUCGUCUAGAUUGGGUUAGAAUCAUGAAUGCAGACGUCGAUCAUAUCGAUUUAUUAGAAGUAAUGAACUAUAUAGUGGGUUAAAUCUAGAUGGUUGAUCAUCGUAGUUCUAGCUAGAUGGUCACGAUUGCAUCAUCUUAGAUCCAUUAUAAUAGAAUUUAAUUAAAUUAGAUUUGCUUAGGUCACGUAUGGAACAAAUCUAGGUAACUCGAGUAAUAACAUAAAGGUGAUAAUUGCCUAAAAUGGCCAAACAUCUACCACUAAUACAAACUACAUUCCAACUAGUACAGUCCUUUUUUUUUUUGUUGACCUCUAUAUUUAGGGUGCUUAGUUCAAGUAUUGUUAAAUUACAGAAAAUGUAAAGAUUACAGAAAAAAAUUUAGGAAAUGAUUGUUUUUUGUUAUAAACUUUGGAGAACCGUUAACCGUGAAAGAAAAAAAAGGAAAAUUAUUCUUUUAAUAAUUUAAAUGUUUUGGUAGAUUUCCACGUUGUCUCUAACUCGCAAUUUUCCCUGAAUAAAAAUGAAUACGUUAGGUAGAGUUGGGCAGAAUUAACUCAUGUAGAUCAUUGAUUAGGAUGCUUAGAACUGCAUUUACACAGCAUGGCCACUAAGGUAGGUUACCCAAAUCAGGGGGUACAUUUAAAUUUUGGCUCACUUUACUAUUUUGUGAUUUUGGCUUACCGGGCACGUCUAUCUUGGACGUCUCUGGAUUGGAUCAUGUGCAUGCAUUAUUCUAUUGCAUCUUUGGCCCCAAACUUUUUGCAUUUUUCAUUUGGAUCCUUGCAUUGUAAGACAUUCCUGCGUUAUAAGAGCAUUCCCAUUCCUUA